UUCACGCUUCAAGCACUGUGCGUCAACGUUGAGAAAUAAAUCGUGCAAAACUGUACGUUUGUAUUUAGACACGAAUCGGCUGAAAUUAUCGCGAAGAAGUGAUAAAUGUUUCUGCUUGAAGCGUUGAACGUAUGAGAGAACUGCAGAUCGUGCGAGAAAUCUCUCGAUCUUCGUCGAUACACGACGUAUCGGAAAGAAAGGGGGAAGAAGAAGAAGAAGAGAGGAAAAAGGGAAAACACGCAGGUUUCUCUAAAGCAUGAACGUUGAAGAAUAUAAUUCGCAUCGAGUCACAGGGAAUAGGGAGUCAAGGAAGCGUAUAUAUUCCGCUCGAAGCUGCACGCAGUGCGAGCUUACCGGAUAGAAGGGCAGGCAGAGAGAAAAAAGUAAAAUGCCAGGGGGAACUUCGACGCGAGAAAGCAGCGAGGCGAUCCGGAUGGAGCCUUUAGGUAGAACCUCGAGUUCGCGGAGUCCCGGACAAAACGGAACCGCCAACACCACCACCGAGGUGCCAAUAAAUUCAGGAGACAGCAAUACAGGAUUGCACAAACGUAGUAUUUAUGAGCACAAUGGAAUUGUGUGUUCUCAAAAAAGGGCUCUCUGCAUAGCUACCGUCGUUUUAGCGAUCCUUUUCGUCAUAUCACUCAUCAUUGCCUUCGCGGGACCACAGAAUGACUGCCCUUGUGCUGGAGAAAAACCAGCCAACCUGGAAAUUGAGGACGCUGAGAAAAGCAGUGAGCCUCUUGCAACUAAUGGAGAGGUGUUUCCUUGGAACAACGUGAGACUACCUACCUUUGUGCAUCCUACUAGAUACAAUAUUACCAUCCAUCCAAAUCUUACCACCUUAGAAGUAAAAGGACAGGUCACAAUCGAAUUUUAUGUCGAUAAAGAAACCAAUUAUAUCGUCUUCCAUAGUAAAAAUUUGACAAUAAAUGAAAAAAUGGUUCAAGACCGUAAAGGCCACAGGUUAAAAAUCGCAAAAUUAUUAGAAUAUCCGAAACACCAACAGUUAUAUCUAGAAUUGGAAGAGAGUAAAUUUCGAAAGAGAGGAAAUUAUACGGUGCAUCUGAGAUUCAUUUCAAAACUAACGAAUGAACUCGAAGGAUUUUAUCUUAGCAGCUAUGUUACCCCAGAAGGAGAAAAGAGGUACCUGGCCACGACUCAUUUUGAACCAACUUAUGCACGUUCUGCAUUUCCAUGCUUUGACGAGCCGCAGUUCAAAGCUAAAUUUAAAGUGUCAAUAUUCAGAGAUAGAUUUCACAUCGCAUUAUGUAAUAUGCCGGUGAUGAGCAGCGAAGAUACGGGAUUUUAUAUGGGCACAGGACUUCUUCGAGACGACUUCCAAGAAUCAGUAGAAAUGUCGACGUAUUUGGUGGCAUUCGUAGUGUGCGAUUUUAAACGAGUUUCCGAACCAACUAAGAGAAACAUUUCUGUGAGUGUUUACGCGGCAGAAGCAAUGCUGCCACAAGCAAAAUACGCUGUAAUUACUGCUGCUCGUACAAUGGAUUACUUCGAAUCUUUUUUUGGCGUGCAGUAUCCUUUGCCCAAACAAGAUUUAAUAGCUAUUCCUGAUUUUGCCGCUGGAGCAAUGGAAAAUUGGGGCCUAAUCACAUACCGAGAAACAUCCAUACUUUACGAUCCGCAAGAGACAUCGACCAAUGCUCACGAAUGGGUAGCUGUAAUUGUAGCACACGAACUGGCUCAUCAAUGGUUCGGCAAUCUUGUUACUAUGAAAUGGUGGAACGACUUAUGGCUGAACGAAGGAGCGGCCAGUUUCUUCGAGUACAAAGGAGUGAAUCACAUCUCGCCUGAGUGGAGUAUGAUGGAUCAGUUUAUUUUAGCCAAAACCCAACCGGCCCUCGAUCUCGACGCCUUAGCCAGCAGUCAUCCUAUAAGCGUGCCAGUAAAAGAUCCAAAUGAGAUAGAAGCUAUAUUCGAUGAUAUCAGUUACAGUAAGGGCGCUUCCAUUCUCAACAUGCUUGAAGGCUUUUUGUGUGAGGAUGUUCUUAAAAAUGGAUUGAACGAUUAUCUGAAAUCGCACGCGUAUGGAAAUGCAGACACGAACGAUCUUUGGGCGGUCUUUACGAAACAUGCAAAUAACACCUUUGAUGUGAAAGCUAUUAUGGAUACGUGGACCCAACAAAUGGGUUUUCCUCUGAUUACAAUUACACGCGAUGGAAAUACAAUUACAGCGGUCCAGACGAGAUUUCUAAUUUCACCAAAAGAAAAUGGUACAGAAUUAGUACAGUCAAAGUCGCCCUUUAACUACAAGUGGUAUGUCCCGUUGAGCUACUACACAGACAAAGAACCGCGCAAGCUUCACAACGUGUGGAUGAAUUUAACCGAUGUAACGUUUGAGAUAUCCAGCGACGUGGAAUACAUAAAAUGUAACGUGAAUCAAAGUGGAUUUUAUCGCGUAACUUAUCCGGAAGAAAUGUGGUCUUCGAUCAUUGCUACCUUAUUAAGCGAUCACACCAAGUUCAGUCCAGCUGAUCGUGCUAAUCUUAUCGACGAUGCGUUCACGCUUUGCGAAGCGGGAGAAUUAAAUGCUACCAUACCUCUCGAGCUAUCUCUUUAUCUUCUAAAUGAAAGAGAUUAUGUACCAUGGGCUACAGCGCUUGGAUAUUUACACUCGUGGAAAGGAAGGCUGAGCGAAAGUCCUGGAUACAAAAGAUACAUAACAUUUUUGAAACGACUGCUAACUCCAGUUACGAAAUAUGUCGGUUGGGCGGAUGAAGGAUCUCAUUUAAAGAAAUUAUUACGGAUUGCCGUACUUCAAUCAGCUGUUUCUGUAAAAUUGGACGAUGUUGUAAAACCAGCGAAAACUCUUUUCGAAGAUUGGAUGUUAAGAAACAAACGAAUCGCUCCAAAUAUACGAGAUGUUGUAUAUGUUGCAGGAAUCAAAUUUGGCGGUGAAAAGGAAUGGAAUCAUUGUUGGGAAAAUUAUCAAAAAACUCAGGUACCCAGUGAAAAGACAAUAAUGUUACAAGCGCUGGGAGCGACGACAGAUUCAUGGUUGCUACAACGUUACCUUUUACGAUCGUUGGAUCGAGACACGGUGAGAUCACAGGACGUUGAAACUGUUAUAGCUUCAGUCGCUACCAAUUCCGAGGGUCAAUUCUUCGCAUGGCGUCAUCUUAAAGCAUAUUGGCCUCAAAUAUACGCUUUAUUCGGAAAUGGAUCGCUCUCAAUGGGUGGACUUAUAUCUGUCGUAGUUUCUGACUUUUUCACGGAAUAUGAUUAUCACGAGAUUUCGGAAUUCUUUAAAAACGUGGACGUUGGAAGCGGUCAGCGAGCAUUAGAACAAAGCCUAGAAACAAUCAAGUUCAAUAUACACUGGAUAAAAGAGAAUGCAGAGAUUGUUGAUCGAUGGCUUAUAAAUUAUUUGGACAUUAACAGAAGUUAACCCCUUGUUUAUCAUGAAUGGGACAAGAAUGGCGUGAAAUUACCAUCUAGUCAUUCAGUGACAAUAUUACUUUCUUUUUGUGGUAUUCGCCUACACACGAAACUUUCAUGGUGAUGUCACCUGUGGAAGGGAUAAGGUCUUUGUUACUAUUAAACGAGGUAACUGAAUCAUUUAUUUACCACUUAGCCAUAAAUUCGCAGAUCAAAAACAACCCCCC